GGCUUCUCGGAGGAGAUGGGUUCCAGCUUCCCUCCCCACCCCAAGCAGAGAUCCCGGCGGCGUAGAACUGAACCUAGUUGCAGCCAUGCUGGAGGUUCCUCUCCACAUGUUCAGACAGGCCUCAUGCAUGAAGGUACCGGCAGAGGAACCCAGUUCACAGACAUUGGAACCUUCGAGACCGUGUGGCAAGUCAAGUUCUACAAUUACCACAAGCGAGAUCACUGCCAGUGGGGAAGCGCCUUCUCGGUCAUUGAGUACGAGUGCAAGCCCAACGAGACGCGCAGCCUCAUGUGGGUGAACAAGGAGUCCUUCCUCUGAGGGCGGCCGCUCCUGUGAGGCUGAGAAAAGUCUCCUCAGACGUCUGCAUUUCGGUAACCCAGCACAAGCCAAGGCACGCCACCCUGUUGCUGUUUCCCACCGGGUGCCGAUGACCUACUAGCCCCAAUUAUUUUGAAAGUGUAAUUCCCCCCUGAUGCUAUGUUCCUGACUAAAAAGUUCAUGAUGUACCGUCCCCCCCAAAGAUGAUCCCUUUCUGUGUCCCGUGCUGGUGUUCCCACCUCUGCGUGCUCUGGGUCAGCCUGAGGACCCCUUGUGACCGGAGCUCAGUGGCCUGAGCAGGCCCGUCCUAUCGGCCAUGACUCCACUCGACGACUGUGGUGUUUCUUUCCAAAUUGAUUCCUUCUCUUUGUUAAACAAGCAAACAAACGUGUUCAAUAAAAAAGGAACUGUGUGUGUGGGUUCUUUCCCCCCAGUGUGGUGUGGUGACCUGUGACUUGUGAGGUUUCUUCGUUUUCCAAGCAGGCUUGGUGAAAAUGUAUUAGAGUCUGGAGUGAAUGGAGGCUCGCCUGUGGUGUUUUCUAUAAACAGAUCAGCUUUCUUCAGAGAAGGAGAAUGAUGAAAUCCCAAGAUGGAUUGUCAAGAAGUGUCUGUAGUGUCCGAGUACUCUGGUAGCCCAUUGUGCUGUGCUCGCAUGAAUGUGGGAAAGGGCUGUGUUGUGAACCAGUGUUCAUCCAGGUGGCGGGAGGAGGCAAAGUUCACCUCUCCGGUGAACUCCUGUUGGGAUUAAGCACGCAUAUUGAUGGCCUCUCUCCUUUCUCCUUCACUUAAACUUUGUAAAACUGUGUAUGGAUCUCUAAGCACCUUUUGAUAUUUCUUAAUAAAGAUAUUAAAAACUGGA